UGCCGAUAGGGGCGCCGUUGAGACAGUUACUGCCAAAGUCACUCUCGUUUUGACAUUUGUUGAAACUUUCGUCUUUCUGUCAGUAGACAUGUCAAAUAACAGCGCAAACAGCAGCUUGGUGGCUUUACAGAAAACCGUCAAGCAGCUGCGACUCGAAGCAAGCAUCCGUAGGAUUAAGGUUUCUCAAGCUGCAGCGGACCUUAAAGCAUUCUGUAUUCAAAAUGCCAAUAGGGAUCCUUUACUUAUGGGAGUGCCAUCCAGUGACAACCCAUUCCGCCCCCCCAAAUCUUGUGCACUGUUCUGAGGUGGCAAGAUGAAGGGAGAUCAGGAGAAUCUUCUGAACAUUCCUUUUUUACAUGACUUUUUUCACUAGAAGGCAGAAUUUUUUCCCAAGUCCCAUUUUCUUGGCUGAAUCACUACUUUAACACUACACGCGCAAGUGACAUUAAAAUGUUUAAUUUAAAGGCACUCAUAAAAAUAUGAUUAAUGAAGAAAACCAUUUAAAUGUAUAUAACCUUAAUAUAGGUAAUGUCCAAACAAUAAUACACAUGGUAGUCCAACUUUAAGAGACACAGGGAGAAGUUAGAGUGCUCAGUUCUGUUCUUAUUUAGGGUCUUAUUUUUUAUGAAGUGACCACAAAUAUGCAACAGGUUUUCCAUGUCAAUUUGAAUAUCUUUCUUACACUGAAAUAUAUGGUUUUGUUUGUGAAGAAACACUGAAACACCUUGUUUUUGUACUGAUGCAGUUAAGCUUAUACAUGAACUGUUGUUACCACGAGUCUUAUGUAAUUAAGAUAUUUUGUAUAAACCAGUUAGCUGUAUUGAAGGAAAAAGAUAUCUCAGGUUCUUUUUGAUAAAAGAUUAAUGCUGUCUUUCUGAUGUAUCUAAACACUGCUCAGCUGAGGUACUUACAUUCAAAUGUAUUUUCUUUAUUUCCUAGGUAAAUGUUUUUGCAUCAUUUUGGAGAUUCUUAAAUGUUAGUGUUAACAUAAGAAAUAUAAUUAUACCUUUUUGUUUGUAUGUGUUGGUGAAAGGGUCCUGUUUCCGUGUUGUGUCUUUACUAUUUGUACAAGAAAUCCAAAUGAUUAAAAGCAUACCAGCUGGUCUGUUUUUGCAUAUACUCUAA